AUGCGACCUGCGUUCAACUCCUUCCAGCCUCAAGCUCGCCCGCAGCGACCUCAACACCAACACCAAUACCAACAGCAACCACAGCAGCAACAGCAACAACAGCAACAACAUCAGAACAAUGCGUAUCCUGGAUUCCAGCAACCCAAUGGAUACCAGAAUCAAGGGAUGAUGAAUCCGCAGAUGAUGAGCAAUCCAAUGAUGGGUGGUCACAUGAACAACAUGGUUCCAAUGCCCAAUAUGAAUCCCCAGUUCUUCAACAACAUGCCUCAACAACAACAACAGUUUCCUCCUCAGUUUGGUUUGCCAAACAACAUCAGUCAGUUUCUUCCAAGCCUCUUGGGAAAUCUUAUAGCUCAGUCACUUCCCCUUCAGCCCAAUUUUUUCCAGCCUCCACCUUCUGCUUUCCCUUCUCAGCCACAACAACCUCCACAGUUCAAUUCUUUUAACCCUCCUCGUCCCUAUCUUCCGGUUCAACCUCCGCAUCAAAACCACCAGCCUCCUCCGGGCUUUUCUCAGCCACGGCCACAGCUUCCACAGGGGCAGUCCGUGGAAACUCCAAACAAUAACAAUGGCUUUCGAAAUAAUUAUACAAAACAACAGAAAUUCAACGGCCAAGGUCAAGGAUUCCAGAGACCUCACUUGCAUCAAGCAGAUAAUGCAAAGAAAAAGUUUGGGUCCAAGAAAGAUCACGCGGGCAAAGGGAAGAAAAAAAAGAUGGCGCCUGUGCUCGAUUGGUCUGAUGCUGGUGACAUAGCUACGGAAAACAAAAGACCACUUGCUAUACACUAUACUAAAAAAGAAGUUCGGCAAUGGCGUGAAGCUCGGCUUAAGAAUUUUCCAACGAAACACAAUGUUGAAAAGAAAUUAAACAAAAAUGUUCCAGACUGCGUCCUUGACGAGGAAGCAAAAUUGCGUCGUCAGCAAAUCCAGGAAGUGUUAGCAAAGCAGGCUGAGUUAGGUGUUGAAGUUGCAGAAGUUCCUUCACAUUAUUUAGCCAAUACAGAUGAACAAGUUAAUGGAGACAGCAAUGGACAACAUCGACAAAAGGAUGGCAAAAGGGGAAGAUUCCAGAAUAACAGACAUCACAAGAGAAGACAUGGUGGUGAAAAAGACAAGUUUAGUAAGAAACCAAGGGUCCAAGACGAAAAUUCAUCACAAGAAUCUUCCAUCACGACGAGAGAACCUACAUUGCUUGAGAAGCUCCUGAGCACAGACAUAAAGAGAGAGAAAAGCCAGUUGUUACAGGUCUUCCGCUUCAUGGUAAUCAACUCAUUCUUCAAGGAGUUUCCAGAGCAACCUCUGCAGUUACCUUUGGUUAUGGUAGAAGAAACUGGUUGUGAACAUGACAGGGAAGACCAGUUUGAUGAUGAUGAUGAUGUUUAUGUGAACGGUGAUGAUGACUCGUGUGAUAAAGCUGUUGGUUGA